GGAGGGGGGGGAGGGCGGGGGGGGGAAAAGGAGCCCUGUGUGUGUGUGUGUGUCUCUCGCUCGGUCUCUCCCUCUCAGAACAAAAUGCCGACCGGAAGUGCAGCUGCAGGAAUGACUCCCUCCACCGGCGCCAAACACCAACAACCUCCCCCUCUCCCCCACUCCACUUCCGCCACUGCCGCCGCCCGCCCGCCAGCCCGCUGCCGCCGCCGCUCUACUACUACUACUCCAGUCCCCUUGCCCGCUGCCAGUAUCCCUCGUCGUUGCUCGUGCCACCGCUGUCGCCACGGUACAGCUCCUCAGCCGGGACGUAGCUGUAGCCUGGGCCAGCGGCUUCGGCAGAGCAGGAACAGGCUCCCUUCCAACGGCGGCAGCAACGACUGCUCCUCCUCCUCUCUUCAGCCUCUACCUCGCUCCCUCCUCUUCCUUCUCCUCCUUCUCCUGCCACCGCCGCCACCGCCGCCGCUGCUGCUGCCCUGGGUGGGGGGAAAGUGAGAAGACCUCAACUUCGGGCGUCGUCGAGCUCGCGAAGGAUACCAAAGGAAGGCGUUGGGGUGGCUUUCCUUCCAGCCUUCUUCUCUUUUCCCGGGAGAAUCUUAGAGGCCCGGAACACUUAAGGAUGAAGGCGAUAGAAUGGGAUCUGUGUCCCGGCUUCUCCCCAGAUUUAGGGAACGCUGCUCGUGGGUGGCCACGUUUUGGACACCUUCGCUAUUCGAUUGGAUUUUCAGGUGAUCUCCUCGCGACCAGGUGGAUGUGCAAUUUUUUUUUUUAACUUGACAGAGCUGACUUAUGAUUAUGCAUCUAUAUGUAUAUUAUGCACACCUUUUGUUUUGGUGGAAUAAGAGAACCUAACAAACUAAUGGAAGCUCCAGCGCUGGAUACUGAAAUACUUCUUGGCAUUUUUGCCUCUGGAAAUGCACCAAUCUCUCCAGUUGUCUACCACUCUUUUCAAAUGUUGGUUGUUUUUUCCCCUACUACUGGGGGGAAAGGGCUUGUGGGCUAUACCAGAGAAGUAAGAAAAUUUUCAGAUGUCUAUCUCACCUUUUCUUCCACCUGGACGUAACUGGAUAUGUUAGCUCCAUAUGCAUUAAGGUAUUUUGUGCUACAUUAUACACCCCUUUCAGGGCUAGAUGGAGCUGUUGUGUCCUGGCGAGGGGG